AUGAGUACGGAAAACGAUUUUAAUAUAGCAGUCAGAUACCGAACUGUUCGCAAGCAUUUGGAUAGUUUAGGAUAUAAGCAUUCAAUAAGUUUGGAUGCAUUACCUUUAAUAGAGAAGUUGCUUGCUGAUCUUCUUCAGACGACUGAGAGCUUAAAGCAUUUUAAGAGUAUUGCACAAGAAAAUAUUGAGGUUCCAAUUGAUCCUUACAAAUGUGACAAUGCAAGGUUAAUACAAGAAUGCAACCAGCUUCACUUAGAUUUGAUAAAGGCAAAGGAAAGUCAUCAGAAGCAGAUCAAGGAGUUCAAGAAAGAAAUACAAAAAUUAGAGCGUGAAUGUAAUGAUCUCCAGCUCGCGUCAUCUCGUAAUUUGCACAGAAUUAAGGAAUUAGAAACUGAAUCUUCCAGGAAAUCCAAGAAAAUUUCAGAGCUCCAAGGAAAGUGCUUGAAGCCAAAAAUCAGUAAUGUUGGAUUAGCUUCCAAGAAACGUCCGUGUUAUCCUCUUCGAAGACCAAUUGUAGAAAGUGACCUGCCACCAAAAAUUGUGGCUAAAACCCCUUCUAUACCUAAUUUGAGCACAGUGGACCCAAAAGUCAUUGAUUUGAUUAGCAUGGCAGACCAUAAAAUGAACUGUUUGACUCACGAGGUAACAAAAUUAAAAGGAGAAUUCUCAUUACAGACUGAGAAUGUGCAGACAUUGAAUAGUCAGGUAACUGCCAAAGAAAAAGAAAUUAUACGAUUGAAAAAAAUGUUAGAAGGUGGUAGACCAUAUUCAGCAGUUUCAAAAGAUUGCCCUUGUAAAAACAAAGAAAUAGCUAAUACAAAAUACAGUGAUAAUAUAGGUCUUCACGAGCUGAAGAUUCUUCAGCAAGAAAAGUUAGAAUUGGAAGAGAAAUUAAAAGAAGCUUUAAGUAAACAACACGAUGCCAUGACUCAAGCACUUAAACUUGCUGAUCGAAAUGAAGAACUGGAAAAGGAACUGAGGGAUAUAGAUCAUAUAGCCUUAGCUGUGGAAGCUGACUGUAAUUCCGCAGUUAAAGAAAAUAACGAGAGAGUCUCAAAGCUUCAACAAAAGUUAGAAAAUGCAAUGACUCAAGUGCACGUCUUAGAAGGAGAACUGACCGUUGAGCGUAGAGAAGUGCAAGAAUUAAGAGCAGAUCUUGAUGCCUGUCGACUGGAGAAACGCAACAUUCAACGCAACCUGGAAUCUACAUUGGAUGAGAAAAAACAUAUGAUAAAUAGAAUAAACGAGUUAACAGUAAUUGAAAAGAAUUUAAAUGAUGAGAUAGAACGACUGGCCAAAGAAAAUGAAAGACAAAGACAAGAUAUCGUUCAGUUGCAGUAUAGCAAUAAAUUGUUGAAUGGACAAAUGCAUACGAAGGAAGUGUUACAACCUGAUGUUGGAGCUCAUUUAAAGGGGAUUAAAGAGAAAUGGAAGCAUAAUGGUUACAUUACAGAUGAAUUGCAACGAGAGAAAAUGAAUAUGGAAACACGAUUACAAAAUGACAAAACCGAACACAAAGCGUCUUAUCGACCGUGUAAUUUGUGCAAACGUGGUACUUCAUGCAAUUGUUCUCCUCCAAAUUUCAAAGACAGUAACAAAAUGAAGAAUACUAUUGAACGUUUGGAAUAUGAGCGGGAUAUUGCACGAGCCGAUGUUGAACGACUAAUAGAAGAACGUGAUGCAUUGCGUGAGAGAUUAAAGAUGGCAGCAGAAGCACAUACGUCCGAGCAACGUCGACUGAGAGAAAAUUUGUCCGAGGUAGAAACUCGUCUGAAACAGGUAGAAAAAGAACAUCAAGAUCUUCUCCUUACGCAAGGAGCACGGAAAGCAACGAUAACUGGACUGAAAGAUCAGUUAGAGGAUCUACGAGAAGAGCUGAAGCGAACCAAAUCAGAACUGGCAACUCAACGUACACAGUAUUUCCAACUUAGGGCACUGCAAGAUCAGACUGAUCAGGCACUGGGAGACACUCAGAAUCAAUUAACACAAUCGAAGUCCGAAUUGAAUAAGGCGUUGGAACGCAACAGAAUGAUGGAGCGACAGCAGCUUCAGUUUCAAAAUCAAGCGGAGGAUUUACAUCAAGAAAUUAAUCAUUUGAAGGCGACUAUGGCGCACUUGGACCAUGAAAAGGAUCAGUUGUUAAUGGUACUGGACGAAAAGACCGAAAGAAUAGCUGCUCUAGAGAGGGAAAUUAUGCUAAAGGAUCAAGUGGUGACAGGAAGCGAGCAGCAGUUUCGUGAACUGCAACAUAAAAACGAACUGACCAUCGAGCAGGCCGCGGACCAAGAAAGGCGGAUGCGUUCGAUGCAACUGGAGAUGGAGAAUCUCCAACGACAAUUGCAAACGGGCACUUACGAUCGCGAAAACGCGAUCCAAGAGAACCGAAGGAUUCAGGACGAUCUAGCCGCGUGUACCUGCGAGGUGAGGAACUUGCAACGUGAACUGGAAGCGUCCAGGGCGGAGUCUUUCGAUCUGAAACGACAACUCCAGACCUAUGUCAGCGAGGUGCGACGAGCUGAAGAACUCCUGAACAGAAAGGAGAACGAGAGAACAGAGAUGCUGAAUCACUUCAGGAGUCUCAGCAUGGAGGCGACUGUUUUGGAGAACAAUAAUCACAGCUUAGAGUCCGAGGCAGCCGAGGCUAGAGGAGCGCUUCAAACGGCUAGGGAUCGUUUAUUAGAUAUGGAACGACAAUUGGCCGACAAAGACAGUCUGAUAAGCGGCUACGAGACCCAGAUCAGCGAGUUGACUCAAAAUGUCGCCAGUAUGGAGACUCAGUUGCGUCAGCAAGAUGAACAGAGACACAGAACGGAGCACGAUUUAACCGCCGUCCGAGAUAUCUGUGUAAAACUCGAUCAGCAAAAGGACACGCUUAUGCAUCAGCUGGAUGACAAGGAUACGCUUAAAGCACAAUACGACAUGCAGAUUGCUAAAUUGAAAACGGAACAGACAAUAAUCCAGGAUCAAAUGAACAGAGAUCGCGCGACAGUGGAACGUUUGGAAAUGCUUUUAGAUCAGGCUAGACAGGAGUCCAUAACUGUGCAAGCUAACAAUCAGAAACUACAAAAUGAGAUGUCCAGAUUGCAGACGAAAGUGUCUGAGCUCCAAAUUAAAUUAUCCUCGGAAUCGGCGGAACUUCGACAAUAUCAAACCCAGGCUGCUGAAUAUUCCAAACAGAUUAGCAAGCUUCGUAGACAAGUGACGGAUGAGAGAUUUGAUCGUGUUCGAAAGGAUGAAGAAAAUCGGAGGUCUUUAAAUUCAACACCUGACAGUAUUAACGUAGAUUUAAAUGUGGUUAUAUAA